AUGUUACUUAAGGCAGCACCGGCCUUUUCUCUCUUGAGUACGAGGGGGGAUAAUUUGGGUUCCCUGUUUUCCUCUGUUUCUUCUCUGUCUAACGGCAAUUUCGCUGUUUCUCCUUCAUUUCUUCGGUCAAAAACUGGGUCUGGAUUUGUUGUCUGCGCCUCAAAAGGGUCUAAUAAUAAGCCUUUAACUGGUGUUAUCUUUGAGCCUUUUGAGGAGGUUAAGAAAGAACUGGAUCUUGUGCCUACUGUGCCACAAGUUUCUCUUGCUAGACAGAAAUUUACUAAUGAGAGUGAAGCGGCCAUCAAUGAACAGAUCAAUGUGGAGUACAAUGUCUCGUAUGUGUACCAUGCCAUGUUUGCCUACUUUGAUAGAGAUAAUGUGGCACUCAAGGGCCUUGCCAAGUUUUUCAAGGAAUCAAGUAUUGAAGAAAGAGAGCAUGCUGAGAAAUUGAUGGAAUACCAGAACAAACGGGGUGGAAAAGUGAAGCUGCAGUCCAUUUUGAUGCCUCUCUCUGAGUUUGAUCAUGCGGAAAAAGGAGAUGCGCUGUAUGCGAUGGAGCUUGCCUUGUCUUUGGAAAAACUAACAAAUGAAAAGCUCCUGAACUUGCAUAGGGUGGCCGAGAAGAACCAUGAUGUGCAGAUGACAGAUUUUGUUGAAAGUGAGUUUUUAGCCGAGCAGGUGGAAGCUAUCAAAAAGAUCUCAGAAUAUGUUGCUCAGCUGAGAAGAGUAGGCAAAGGACAUGGAGUAUGGCACUUCGACCAGAUGCUUCUCCAUGGGGAAGAAGUAGUUGCAUAA